CGAAUAUCCAGGAGCAUGGAUUCAUCUGGCUCCCAGGAAAAAAAGUCGAUCCCGCGAUUCACCAGCUUCAAACCUAAACCAGCGCCUCCACCUGAAGUCAAUCGUCCACACGAACAUCGCGAUCGCGAGAAGUUAAGUCGCGAUGAAAAGUCUCGACAUAACUCCAGGCAUAGGAGUCAUCGCGAGCGCCGAGCUGAUCGGAGAGAGCACCGUCACCACCGGAGGGACGACCAUUCAUCCACCUCCCGUCGCGUGGAGCCCAUUGUGAAUGAACCUCCACAACCAGAAACAGACUUGUACAUCGUUGAUCUCAAGGGUGACAAGUAUAACCUUGUGUAUGGGACAUUACACCGCUACAGUGUUCCUGAAUACCGCCGAAUCGGCCGAGGACGGGUUCUUGGCCUUCCUCCAAGUUACAGGAUUGACCGUGACUCGACGGAAGGGGACGCAGUGGUUAUAAGGACGGAUACAUGGCGCGCCGAUGCAACACGGGCUAAAACAAGAAGCGUGUUUUCAAAACAAGACAGACGACCGGCUAGAUACCUACGGGUACGAAAAGAUGUUCAUACAGAUCCAACAGAUGCGUCGAAGGACUUCCUUCCUCUGAAUAUUUUCGGAAAGCGGAAACGUAGCGCAAGCUUGGGUAGAGUCGACUCAGAGGAUGAAAAAUACGCAUACCGCUCGAUCCACGGCAAAGCAAAGCCUGAAGAUGUCCUUCCGAGCGAGUUCGAGGUUGUAUCAGAGUCAGAGUCGGACGAUGAAGAAAAGCGUCGUAUCGACUUGGAAGAUGAAGUGAAGCAACAAAAUGCAGAAUUUUCGCGAGCAGUCGAGCAGAAUCCUCAUGACGUUGCUGCGUGGCUACGGCUUAUCCAUCAUCAGGACGCCCUCCUCGGAGGCGCUGUGAAUGAAUCGCGCCCCCUGAGCUAUGCUGAAAACAUGAGCCUGGCGGAUAUAAAACUAUCCCUGUACAAGAAGGCCUUGAAAAGAGUUGGAGAUACUCCUUCCAAAGAUCGUCUCUUGUUGGGAUUAUUGGAAGAAGGCUCGAAACUGUGGGAUACUAAAAAGCUUUCUGAACAGUGGCAGGAUACCUUGAAGAAUAAUGCUGGAUUUAUUAGUCUCUGGAUCAAAUAUCUUGAUUUUCGCCAGACUGAAUUCCUUGACUUCACCUAUGAUAGAUGCAUGGCAGCUUUUGUGGACUGUUUGAAGUUGAAUGUGUCAAGUCCGGAUAGUCGAGAGAAGGUCUACAUUCAGACAUACUUGCUUCUACGCCUGACUGCUUUUAUGAGAGAGGCAGGGUUUACAGACCACGCAGUGGGCUUAUGGCAAGCCAUCCUUGAGUUCAAUGUCUUCCAACCAGAUGAACUAAACCAAAGCAGUGCCAAAGACCAGGCGUUGUCUGCUUUCCGUGAAUUCUGGGAAUCCGAAGUUGCUCGCAUUGGUGAUGCUGGUGCAAAAGGCUGGAAAAGCGACAGCAGCGCUCCUGUCGAGCCAAAAAUGUCGACUUCAAAGUUCCAUGUUGAUCGAAGAUCGGUAUUCGCAUCGUGGUCAGUUUGUGAAAGGGAGCGAAUAAUCAACGCUCGAAUGCCUGCUCGCAGCUUGGACGAGUCAGAUGAGGAUGAUCCGUAUCGGGUUGUCAUUUUCUCUGACCUUCAGGAGCUCUUGUCUCAAUGUUGGGGGCUUGAGUUGAAAGAUGCACUGAUUGACGGUUUUCUCUAUUACUGCCACCUGCCUCCCUUGCUAACUCCAGACAACACAGAAACCACCAGACGCUGGGGUGGUGACAAUUUCUUACGAAAUGAGUUGAUUGACAACCCUGAGUUCACGUUGAACAAUUGGCUUCCCAGGUUGAAUACCGACACUGAAGACCCUGCAAUCUCCCCUGUCCUGUUCCUUCACAAUAACCUUAUCCACACGACAGACAUCCUUUUUGGCCGGCAUCAACAAUGGUUUUCCUCCUUUAGUCAGUGGACCAGCAACUUGGAUGGGCGAUCUGAUAUUGAUACCGGCUGGGUACGAAGAACGUUGCGGAUGUUGGCAGAGGCAAAUCCGACCAACGAUGGCCUCGCCGAGUAUGCUCUAGCCUUCGAAUCUGCGUGCGAUACCAAGGAUGCCAAAAAAUAUGCCAAGUCGUUGCUGAAAAAGAGAUCGUCAAGUUUGCGACUGUACAAUGCUUAUGCCCUUAUGGAAUGUCGCACUGGAAGUCGCGCAGCCGCCGAGCAUGUCUGGGCAACGGCUCUCUCGAUGAGUACGACAUUUCCAGAUCACGACAGAAUUGAAUGCGCUCUGCUUUGGUGUACUUGGCUUUGGGAACUGCUAUGGAUUCAGGAUAACGCUCGAGCGUCCCACUUGCUGCUUUCAAUGCCCCAGAACAACGUGGAUUUAAAGUCGUUUCCGGAGACGUUAAGUCAAGCAGUCUUUAGCCCCACUGGGCUGUUGAAGAUACGAAGUUUCUUAGUAGAAGCCCAGGAAAACGCUCUUAGCGUCAGAAAUGCCGGCGCAUUUGUAGCCAAUGUCGAUUGUCUGGCUAUCCUCUCAUAUCUCGCACACAACUUGGAUUUGGACAAUGCCCUAGAAGCAUACAACGCUGCUGUAAAGAGACUCUCCAGCUUACCUAUGCAAGCGACAACUUUCAAAUCCUUCACAACGGAGUUAAUCCAUCAGUCUCGAUCCAAGCUCCUUUAUCACCACGUCAGGACUCGAGGCACCUACAGGCCAGCCCGGAUCCGAGAGCUCCUUGUAGAGAGCAUAUCCCACUUUCCACAUAAUACCGUAUUCUUAUCCCUAUUCACCUGGAAUGAAUCUCGCUUCCGCAUCGAGGGACGCGUCAGAGACGUCCUUGAAGACGUUACCACCAAAACAUCCGAACCAACCGACCAAGAUAGCCUCACAGCCACUACUCAGCAAAUCCCAGUCACGUCCCAUUUAUUUGCCAUCUACACUGAACUCAAUCGCCCGAUAUACACGGGGUCAACAGUAUAUUCCGUCCGAGCCGCAUUUGAAAAAGCCAUUGGCGAAACAGAACGGCGGGCAGGUACUCGAAACACCGUUAAUAAUACUACUAAACCCACCAACGCUUCCGCGAAGUCGAACCUUUCCAUUUGGAAACUUUACAUCCUCUUUGAACUCGCCCAAAACGAUAUCCAGCGAGCAAAGGAUGUCUUUUACCGUGCCAUUCGCGCAUGUCCUUGGGCGAAGGAGCUGAUCAUGCUCGCCUUUUCACAUCUCCGUGCUGACGUCGUAAAUCAACACCACCCGAAGGAUUAUUCAAAUAAGGAUGUUCGUGCGGCUCUUUCUGGACCUAUUCCGAGAAGAGGGGAUGGGAUGGAUUUCCACGAGCUGCAUCGCGUAUAUAAUGUGCUUGUAGAGAAGGAGUUGAGGGUCCAUGUUGACAUUGAAGGGCUAUUGGAUGAAAUGGUAAUGGAUAUGAGCAGGGAUGGUCAUGGUGGUGCAGCGGGUAUAUCUUUUGGCAGAGGAAUAACUAUGCCUGAGGAUAAGGAGAGUGAGAGUGAGAUUGAGAAUGAGUAUGAAUAG